AUCUGUGUUCGUUGCGUUCCUGUUCUAAAGAUUGUCAAGAUCGUUAUCUCUAUUCUCUCUCGCUUCACUUUUUCGAAAAAUAUUUUGCCUUUUUUUUUUUGUAAGGAAGUUACCGUGAAUGAUAAAUGACCAUGAGAUUUUCUGACGAUUGAUAAGUCUUCAGUGAGAAGCAAAGUCAGUAAUGGUUAUGUUAUAGAAAGUUUUCGUGGUCUCAUGUGCCCCUGUGAUUUCAAUUCAACAUGCUUAUGACCCUUUUUUUGUUGAAAUAAGAAACAUCUCCUGAAGUGUACUUCUCCAGAUGAAUCAUGGCUCCCGAUAUUCCAAGUGACGAUGAGCAAGAGAACGACAAUGAUUCGGUGGACCUCAAUCUGGACUCUGAGCUUAACAGUUGUAUUGAUUCUUUGAUGGGGGACUCUAACCCUUUAGAAGCCUUGGAAGAUUUUAAUGUUAGCGAUAAUGCCUGUGCUUCAGAUGACUCAGAAAAAACCGUUAUUUUGCCGCCUGAAAAGCAGUACAAAACACCCACCACUUUUCUUGGCAUUUUAUCAUCAUCGGAGGGUGCCGGUAGACAGGGAGUCAAUUCUCUUACUCAUGAGGUGGCACCUCAAACUAGUAAAUCUUUAGAUGACACUAAGCUCCACUUGGGACGGGAGACAACCCCAACAUUAGUGGCCUCUAGUAAGGACCCACCUUUUGAUCCCUCUAAAUUCAUCAUAAGUACCCCUCAAGAUCCUGAAAAUUCUCUUGCCAUUGAAGAUAGUACCUCUCUAACCAAAGAAAAAGAUUCUUGUUUAAAAGAGGCUUCAGAACCUAAAAAACAAACCACCAUACAGUCAAAGGCAGAUGAAAUCAAAGAGAGGGUUCUCCAGUAUUUAUUUUCAGAAGACCGCAAGAAUGCCUCUCUCACUCCACCUGCCCCACCAGUGCAAAGGUCGAUUUCUCCGCCACCUCCUGUGAUCGGACCGAUCACCAUUCCAUAUUCCAAAACUUCAAAGAAAAAUGAAGUAACACAAACAGCUCCGUCAGAAGAAAUCAAAGACCAUGCAAGAAACAAGCCAAACAACAGCUCAGCUUUUUCUCAGAGAGAAAAAUCUAAAUUUUCUUCUCAAGGAAAUAGUAGAUCAAACGAGUCAAGAAAAGUAAUUGUGCCAGCAGUUGAGGAAUUUUUGAGUGAAAAAACUUCUGAAGAAGCAGAAAAAUCUCCUGCUAUCUGCCAAGGUGAAAGUAAUAUCAAUGAAGAGCCUGUCAAAAUUACCAGCUGUCCUAAUCAGAAUGAAGAGCCAACCGAAGUAGAUAAAGUCCUUCGACUUGUUAAUACCUUGAAAGAGUGUCAAGAAAAGUUAAGUCCUGAAGAAUUUGAAAUGUUACUUGAAGAACGGGUGAAGAAAGCACUUUUGAUAAGAGUUUUAGACGAAUAUAAUAGGAAACUUAUUCAUUUGGAAAGUGAUGUAAUAAAUUAUAUUGUUUCACUCCUUGAAGAAAAAAAAGAAAACGAGGGUAAGAAAAAGAAAAAAAAGAAAAAAAACAAGGAAAAAGACAAAAUUAAGCCAGUGUUAAAAUCAGCUGUCAUGGCAGCAAAUACUGUGAAAAAAAGUAGGUCCAUAGAAUCGAUCACUGCAGAAAAAAGAUCGCCUGUAACAAAGGCAUCUCCGUACCAAGUUUCAGAUUCCUCUCACAGUGUUCGAAGCCAAAAAUCUCGAAGCAUAUCUUUGUCAAAAUCCAGGUCUAAGUCCAGAUCUAGAUCUCCUGUACGCAGAAGAAACCUCACAAGGUAUCCAUCACCCAGGAGAAAAAAUAUCCAUUCGAGGCAUCGAAGGUCUCGAUCGCGGUCGCCCCUAUCAAGAGGCCGGCGGAUUGAUUAUCGGCGCUCCCGAUCCAGAUCAUUCUCUCCUGCAAGACGCAGAAAUUUCUCAGGUGGCAGGACGAGCCGAUCACCAGCUCGGAAUCAUUCCACCAGGUAUUCUAGACGAUCUUCAAGUCGGUCUCCGAGCCCCAGAAGACCAAUGAGUCCUUUGAGCCUUGCAAGGGGAUUAAACCUCCCCAACCGCCAAUCUAGUCCUCACAGAUCUCGAUCUCCCUCAAGAAAACAACAACUAGAUAAACUCAGGGAGAAGUUGAAAAAAGAAAAUGAAGACGCUGUGAAAAAUCUACGAGAAGUUGUGGAACCUCACUGUAGUUCCUCCAGUUUAAUGACGCACAAUAUAACCAUACCAUCUAAAUCGAAUGCAAGUUACUUGCCAGCACAGAGUGAUUUUAGUGUUCCAUCUGUAGCCAUGGAGGAUCAGUGUUUACCUCUUUCGGAUGCAAGCCACCAAACUCAAUAUAUGUAUGGAGGAGCUCCAUCGAUUCCACCGCACGGUCAAGAUCCUUAUCAAGUCAUGUACGGAGCUCCAAACCAAGCCUCUGGAUUAAACAUGUUUCCGUAUCAGCCACUUAGCAAUGAAAUCCCCCCUGGAUAUUCAAAUCAGAUGCAUCCACCGGUUAUGCAUGCUCCAGUACUUAAUUUACCAGAACCUCCAGCCACACUUCCACCAUCUCUACCUCCUCUCCCGCCAAUGUAUACAACACCUCAAUCCUCUACCCCUUUGAUGUCUAAUAGCUCCUUAUUCCUGCCGAACUCCAUGUAUACCCUGGAACCAGCUUUCAGUACAUCAAAUACUGAGCAACAGCCACAUGCUCAGCUGUUAGGCCAGAUUGGGCCGGGCAUCACAUCGCAAUAUGCCCCUCUCCCUAAGCCUGUUUCAGCACCUCAGCCUGUCCCAACUCCUGUUCAGCAAACUCCCUCACAACUAAAAUCCUCUGUAGAAUUAACAGUAGCCCAGAGUUCCAACUAUUACGACCCUUUGUUACCUGGUGAGGAACCAUCACCAGAAAUGAUCAACUCUACAUCCAUGACAGCUUCUAAUCUUCAGAACUCAGAACUCAGGAAAGUAAAUGCCAAUAGCUGCGAUGGUGAAGAGGUCAUAACUGCAACACCAAAAUCUCUCUUGGCAGGCCCAAAGAACUCUAUCAAGUUGAAUUUUAUCUCUGAUCAGGACAUAGAAGUAAUUGAAACUCCCCCGAAAGCCCCCCCGACUCUUGUCGUAUUGGAUGAUGAGGGGGAUAAUGAUCAGAAUGAAGGACCUAAGAAGACCAAGGUCACCUCCUCACCUAUCAUCAUCAAAUCGGUCGAAGAUAUCAACAAUUCUCUUGCUGCUCAAGUAGCCUCUCCUCUUGAAGAGGGCCAGCUCAGACCGAUCUCAAGCUCAGAGACACGAGAAUGUCUAAAGGCUGCACUUGUAGAAAGAAGUGCUGUUCUCACAGCCAAAAUUGCUGAACUCAAGAAAAGCUUAAAUUCUCAGGGAGAGGAUGUGAAAGUAAAAAGUAAACCUAUUAAAAGAAAAGGAGAUUCUGCAAAAAGGAGAAAUUUGCAAGCUGAACUUGCAAAUAAAGUCGGCGCUGCCACCUCAGCACUAUCAAUUUCCACUGCAGAUAGUCGAGAGAAACAUAAAUGUGAAAAUGGAAGGGAAAAUCUUCACCUUGACAGUACCAAAGACAUGGCUGAAUCUGGCAAUGAAGAAAUGGUAUCAUUACUUUCAGAAAGAAAGAAGAAGAGAACAAGAAUAGUAACGAAUCAUGACAGCGCAAAACUGAUUCUUCCCUUAAAUGCAGCAAUGCCAGAGACUAAAACCUCCAACCAGAAGAAAAAGAGUGAUUUGACUUCUGAUACUUCAAGUGACCUUGGACAGGUCACUGAAGUAAAUUUUUCAUCAGCUGAAAGCAGCAAAGAAGACAGGAUUAGUGUUGAUUGUCAGUUGGACAAGAGGAAGAGCAAAGAAGAGACAGUAGAUAAAAAUUGCAAUAUCUCCAAAAAGAAUCAGAAUGAUUCCAAAUUGGCAUCCGAAGUAACUGCCAAAGAAAAUGAAUGUGUGGUGGAUACUAAAUUUGUAAAUAAAUUAGAUGAAGUUCCUAAAAAAUUGCCCACAGCACUGACACCUGAGGAUACCGUUACCAAUAGUGAAGUCUCGAAAACCGUGCAUAGCGAUAAGACUGUCCUCUCAAAAUCUGAGAAAGGCCCCACCUCAAAUAAACCAAAAGAAAAUUUAAAAGACUUGAAAAAUUCAGACAAGAGUAAAUCAUCUCAUUCAAAAUCAUCAAAAUCUGAUUCGCAAGGAAAUUUGGUCACAGAUAAACCAAGUAAACAUAAAUUAAGUGAAGACUCUGCCCUCAAACAAUUCAAUGACAUUGCCACCACCAUUGCUAACCACCAUGCACCAAAAGAUAAUUUAAAAGACUUGAAAAAUUCAGACAAGAAUAAAUCAUUUCAUUCAAUAUCAUCCAAGUCUGAUUUGCAAGAAAAUUUGGUCACUGACAAACCAAUUAAACAUAAAUUAAGUGAAAACUCUGCCCUCAAACAAUUCAAUGACAUUGCUACCACCAUUGCCAACCACCGUGCACCAGCACCAACCAACGCCUCUGAAAAAUGUGAUAAGUCAGCUGACCCAUCUUUUCUUUCUCAAGGAGACAAGUCUAGUAACAAUUGCAGUAUUCCCAUCGAAGUCCAUGAAGAUAAAUCAACUCAUAAUAGUACAAAAGACAAAAUAUCUGUCAGUAAACUCGAGAGUGACAAAGGCUCUAAACAUGCAGAAAAAGGCGCUAAACUAUCUAGUAAAGAAGGAAAUCAUAAUCUAAAUAAAGACAUGAAAAGGUCUAAACUUGACGGUGUCAAAGAUAGUAAACAUUUGGAAAAACAUGCCAAACCAUCUAGUAAAGAAAGGAAUGAUAAUUUGAAAAUGACCAAAGUUGACAGCGAUAAAGACUCUAAGCAUUCAGAAAAAGGUGCGAAACCAUCCAGUAAAGGAGGAAAUGAUAAUUUGAAUAAAGAUGUGAAAAAGUCUAAACUUGACAGUAACAAAGAUUCUACACAUUUGGAAAAACGCGCCACACUCUCCAGUAAAGAGGGGGAUGAUAAUCUGAAUAAAGUAGAAAAAUCCUUUAAGAAGGUUCGAACUUUAUCUUCAUCAUCUGAAGAUUCAGUCAAAGGACUUGAGCAGAGUAAUAAUAGUACAGAAAUGAGGAAGAUCUCAUCAUCAAAACUACUAAAAGAUGCAGGCAGUAUAAAACAUGCAGAAAAAGAGAAAAUUCCUUCCUCAAAAACAGUCGGCAACUCUAGUCAAAAAGUUCACCUCCCAUACGGAGAUAAAACUAUUCCAAAAAUGAAAGGCUAUAUUUUGUGCCCCAAAGAUUCGAAUACACACAAGGAAUCUGAGACACUGAAUAUCAAUGAACAAUCCUCUCUGAAGUUACUAGACUCAUCAGCAGCCUCAGUGGUGGCGGCUCCUCCUCAUAGAAACCAAGAGAAACUAUCAACAGAAAUUGGUAGUGUAGCUCCCGCUAAAAGUGAACCAUUGAGCCAACGACCCGCAAGCAGAUCCGAUGAAAAAUCAAAUCGAGAUUUGAUUUCAGCUGGAGUAACUCUAACAAAUUGCACAGUAGCAUUGCGUAGGAUACCCGAUAGUACCUUUUUGAGACUUUCCACCAAAGGCAGCAUACGAAUAAAAACAAAAUACACUAAUAGACCAUCCUGGGCAUUUAAUAAAGUCAAGAGGCCUCGUCCAAUCAUUACUGAUUCAGAUUCAGAUGAAGAAACUUCAAAAGUUUUGGCAAGAAAACGUCUUUCAGUGCUUGAUUCUGAUUCUGAGGAAUCUGAAAGUAAAAAAUCAAAACCACCUGUCAAAAAGCGUGUAUCCAUAUUAGAUUCAGACAGUGAGUUAAUGUCAGAUAAUGAGAAACCAAAGCCUAUUCUCAAGAGGCGUGCAUCAAGAAUAGAGUCUGACUCAGAUUCAACCCCAGAAAACUCACCGAUUCAAGCUCCUCAAUGCAAACGACGUCUUCCGGAGUCAUUCACCAAUUCAAAUAAGGCAAGUGAGACUGUAGAAACCUCAGCUCCUCUUCAGCGUUUAAUGUCUGAGAUAUCCUCAGACUCAGAUAAAACUGUUGUAGAAAACAGUAAAACACUCAAAGAACAGAAGAGGCUUGAGGUAGAUUCUGUGAUGAAGGAUUCUACCCUUCUCAAGAAGAAGACUUUGACAUCUGUAACAAAGAGUAUUGAAACUACGAAAAAAGUGAAAGAAGAAGCCAGUAAAUCUGUUGAAGAGAAGCUCCAUGAAAAUAUUCCUAAAUUUCAGAUGAAGUCAUUUAAGAUCCCUAAACUUAAAAAGCCCACCAGUAGCUCAGAGUCAAAUGAGAGAAUUGAAAAAAGGUCUAUUUUAAAUGACAGAAACAGUAAUACGAUCCUACCUGACGAUCGACCCAAAGAAGUAGUUCCUAAGCCAGUUUUGAAAGGACUUAGGAACCGGGCUGCAUCCCUCGCAAGCCGCGCGGUAAAAUCAGACAGUAAAACCGCUCAGGUUGAUCCACCAAAAACACCGAGAGAGAGCUCUAUUCAAGAAGAAAAGUGCUUUUUGAAUUUGAACACUGCGCAAUGGAACGAAAAUUCAACACUCAAAGAAAAUGUCGCUACCUCUUCUGGUCCUCUGGAAGAUAACGAAAAAAUUCCUGCUCAAGGUACAAAACAUCUGGCCAAUGCAGACACAAAAGUGGUCAACAUAAACACAAGUAAAAUUACCCCGAAUGUUGUUGGAUCAAGAGAUACUUGCCAUGUCGACGUAAUGGAAUCUCGUAAUGAAGAACCUGAGCUGCCAGAAGAACCCUCUUGUGAAACUAAUUUUGCUGUGGAAAAAGUGGUCGCUCUCACGCAAAAUGCUGGAGAAGUGGUUUCAUGUGUUGGUGACAGUGAUUCAUGUUCAGCUCAUACCUCCGAGGCUGUAAUAGAAAUGAAUGUUGAAGUGAGUGAUUCCUCUACUAAUAAAGAUAUUUUGCUGAAAGAGGGAAAAGAUACAGCAUCAAAUACUCCCGCAAUUAGUGACACCACUUCCUCUGAAGGUUUGACUUCGUUGGCAGUGAAGGGGAAAGAUGCAGAAUUAGAAGUUCCUUGUGUAGAGGAAAAUAUCACCCCAAAUGAUCCAAAUUCUGAUACUCCUGCAGUGAAUGAUAAAAAGCUAAUAAGUCCCUCAAACUUUCAAUCUGAUGUCUCCUCUAAAAAUCUAUUUCCUGGAGCUGAGGAGUGUAAAGACGUCAAUGCAAUAGUUCCUGUCAGCGGCGAAGAUAUUUCACCAGAAAGUUUUACAGCAGUCCCCAAAGAAGAAGAAGAAGAAGAAGAAGAAGAAGAAGACGAAGAAGAAGAAGGAGAAGAAGAAGAAGGAGAAGAAGAAGAAGGAGAAGAAGAAGAAGGAGAAGAAGAAGAAGAAGAAGAAGAAGAAAUCAAACAUAGUCUGAUUUGCUCAAACAAAGCUCCCUCUGAGGUCGAGGCUGUUCCCAAAACUGAUAUUGAAUCUAAAACUGAGUUUGUGGAACCAACGACCGAGAAGUCUGUACCUGAAUCACCAAGUAAAUCUUCAUUAACUGAAAGAAUAGCCCAGCAAAUUGAAAGGAAAAGAAAGAUUAAAGAGCAUAAGAUUGCUCUAGAUAAACAAAACCUGAAGAGAAAGAUCAAACAGAUGAAACUAGGAAAGAAGAUCGAAAAAUUAUUGGAUAAAAAUCUUGUUCUCAAAGCAACUUUAACCCAUUAUAAAGGUAAGCUAAAAGAAGCAAAUGAAAGGAAUCUCAUUCUGGAAAAGGAAUCCUCCGGAAAAGUUAAAAGUAGCAAAGCCGUACAAUGUUCUAUUUCCUCAUCUGGAGUAUCUGCAGCCAAAGUUUCAACAUCAGCCUCUUCACCAAGUAUUAGCCGUAGUCCAAUUACUAAGACAUCUGCUGCAUCACCCUCCUCGCCAGCUUCAAGCCGGAGCCCAAUUAUUAACAAACAUCUCAAGUCCUCACCUCUUUUAACCUAUAAAGCUAGGAGAGGUCUGAAAGUUUGGAAUUAUUUAAAAAGCCAAAAUUCCAAGAAAACUGUAAGUUGUCAGGCUGAUGGAUCGAAACUUGAUUGUAAGUUAAUAAACACAAAUCAUUAUUACUUACUCGAUACAUCAGAGUUAAAUCUUCCAUAUGUGAUAAAUGCACUUAAAGAGUACCAGGAUUCAUCUGAUAGUUGAAGUUCAGUUAGAAGUAAUUGUAGAAGUUUUCAAAUUUCUUAUCCCUCUUUUUUAUUUUUUAGCCAACUUCCCUCAUCUAAUGCAACACUUCUAAGCAUAUCUUUCUAUAUUUAAAGAAUAAUAAAUGUUAAGAGAGUUAUCACUUUAGUUUUUCAAUCAAAAUUAUUUUCGGAUUUAUUUUUCUAUACAAGUGUAUCUAUGUUUGAUAGACCAGUUGUGCUCCAAUUCAUGUUUUUCUGGUGGUUACAUAGCAAAUAAUGACCGUUUGUGCUUGAACUAUGAGCUUAAUUGUAAAGUCAUAAUCUUUUGUAGCAAUGAUUACCUCAAUUUCUCGAAGUAUUGAUUUUUUUAAUGGGAAAUGUGGAACUUACAACGUAGGUGCAAUACAGUCUCUAUUUUUGUUCAUUAUCCAUCAGCUUAGCAAAUCCUCGUACUUUCAAAUUGUAGGUAACAGACUGAUUCUUUUUUCCCUCUCUAUAGAACGCAGUGAGCACAACAAUACUUGAAAAAAAAUUGAAUGUCUUGCUUUGAUAACUGCCUGACUGUGUUGUGAACUCUAUUGCAUUUAAGUUUUUACAUUUUCAUUUUUGCAAUAAAUAUUAGCCAGCAUGCUUCAUAGAAAGGUUCUAAAAUUUCAUAAUGUAUUUAUUUAAAAAAAAUUAACUUAACAAAAGGAUUUUUUUUGACUCAGUACCUUCGUUCGUUCUCUUUUUCCCAAAGAGCUGAAACAUUGCAGUAGAGUUUGAUAGCUUCUGAAGCAAGCCACUAAAUUAUAUCGUACGUUGUCUCAUGUAAUCUGUUGUACAAUGAAACUGCUAAGUUAAUUCAUUUUAAGUUUGGUACACUCUUGAUGUAAAUUGGGUGCCAUCAAGUAGUAGUGACCAGUCUAUAUCAGGAGUUUUAAGAAAUCGGUUUUUGUACAAUAGUUUAGCUUUGGUAUGCAUAUAAAAUUGUGAGAAGGUGAAGUGACGUAUGCCAAAUCAAAUCAGAGGUGGAUUAUGAAUUUUAAUUUAGAAUUAGAAGUGCAGAUAUCUCUCAAUAUUUCAUCAAAGGCCCAAGUUAUUCAAGAGGUUUUUUAAAACUUUCUUGCUAUCAAAUCAUUACCUCUAAAUGCAAUAAUUGCUCUUGUUGUUUAUUCAAUUAAAACAAUCUGCACAAAAGUAUUUUGGCCCUUUCUUCGAUCACUCCACAAUACCUACUGCUUGGUGACAUCCAGCUAUUACGUUCCUUGUUUCUUUGAUUGAAGUGAAAUGUUUUUACAGAAUUUUUCUGCAACGCAAGUUAUUUCUGUUCGUAGUUCCAUAUUCUUACCAACCUAUUUGUUCUUUGUAUUGCAGUUUUUCAAAUUUUUAUUAUGAUUUUUCUAUUUAAGAAGGGAAGAAUGGCGUGUAUUGGUCAAAGUAUUUUGAUGGCCAUACUCAAAAGCUUCCUAUCUUAAUCCCUGUCUUAAAAAAUGCCAGCUUAAAUUUUAUUUUUCUUAUUGGAAAGAGCCAAGUAAUGCUUGAAAUUUUUUGUAAAAUAUUUUCCUAUCAAGGAAGAUAAGUCACAGAAUUUUUCAAGAAAUUGUGUCUGUUAAGUUUUCAACUAAAGAAAUCAAGUAUCACGGAAAAUCUGAAAUAUGGCAUAUCAGGAUUUUCGGUUUCGGAGUUUAGCCAUCCAUUGUGUACCUCUAUACUUGUAUGUUGUGUUGCAGGGAAAUUUAUAUUAACUUGCCAAUAUAAUACCUAGUCUUUAGUAUAGAAGUGGAGAGGGAUAAAAAAAAUGUUAGUUCAACAAAAAUAACAUCUUGAAAAAAAAUUCACUUAUAACACGCCUGUUGUUAACACUUUCCAUUUGGUUAGAAAAUUGGUAUUCCGUUUGAACAAAGAGAAUUGAACCAUUGAAACUGGAAGGUAAAUUUUUCUGGACCGGUUAUGACCUGUCCAAUUUAGGUCUUUUGAAGCCCAUUUGAGCUUUAAGUAUUAAUUUGUUUAUCCUAUAUUUUUGAAUAAAUCAAAGUCUAUUUUUUACACGUGUAAGUUUUGGGAAAUUUAACUGUAAGUCAACUUACCAUCGCCAGAUUAGCACACAAUUGUUAUACCAUUUGAAUCUCUCCUUAAUGUGUAAGUGCUCUAAAAUCAAAACAUUUGGCAUGUUUUCUAUUUGUUUGGUAUGAUAAUGAGAGAACUUGCAAGAACUGCAGAAUGGGCCCUCAGGGAUUUGAAUUUUCAUUUCAAUGCUUCACUGGUAGAUGGAAUCUGAAAUCCAGGGUCAUGUAACCAACAGAUAGAGAAUGUUAGUAGUUUAUUUUGGAUGAAUCUAUUUGUGGGUCCAACUUUAGAAAUACUCAUGAAAACUGGUGAUGUCUGAGUUUACUUUGAUGUAUUUUGUUUGUCGACAGUAAUAAUAGAGAUUAAAAUAAUGAAGAUGACUCUCUUGAUGUCUUCGGAACGUCUGAGAAUGGAUAGCAAAUAAUUGCAGGGUAAUGAUUCCCAUGCAAUAUUUUCGUAAAAGCGCGAGCGUCAUAUUAGCAUCAGUGUUGUCAAGCCCAAUAGAGUGAUUCGACUGAUGACUGUCCCUCACUAAAACACCCGACAUCAGGAACGUCACCAUUGUUGUAGAAGUAGAAAGUAAAAUUCACCUCUUCAUAGGUGCAUUCCAUAAGGGAGGGGACUCAGAAAAAGAUUGUUAUGUACUAUUUAGGAAGAUAGCAAAGUAUUUUAUUUUUGUGUUCAUUUUAUAUUUAUUUUUUAGUGGUUUAUAUUCUCAAUUACCAUAGUGGGCAAUAAGGUGAAUGAAUAAUUAAUUCUUGAAAUCAGCAGCAGGAUGAAAAUGACAUGUGUUUUGUCUUUCAUCAUGACUAUAAUUGUGCCUGUCUUUUUUUCAAACUUUUUGUGGAAACAAGACAUAUCUUAAGCAGAAUUUUCUGUACUGUCAUCUGCUGUCUCACAUGCAGUAAUAGGAUUUUUUUUUUUUUAAACAUUACUUUUACAGGAAUCAAUGUUGUAUUCCAAGUCUGUACUUUACUCGGCUCAACAUAGCUUUAUUCGCUCUUUUUGUAAUUUGAUAACGUUCUUGGUCUUUGAAAACUUGCAGGUAACUAAACAUUUAUAAUGUAAGUAAAUCACCACAAAAAUGAAUUUAUGUAAUGGCCUGAAAUAAGUAGACAAGCAUGUAAGCACGUUCUCUUUAUGUUUAUAAAACAGGCUGUUUUAAAAGAAAAGAAGAAGAAGAAAGGCUGGAUUUUUUUAAAGAAAUAGAGGAAUAUCGGGUCAACCCUGUCUCCAUUACCGGCUUCCAUCUUUAUCUACAUAUAUGUUGUGUUACCGCCAUUUUUUUCUUUUCUUUUGGAAAUAUUGAAAAUUUUAGAAGCCAAGCUCAUGAUGAACGAAAAAAACAAUUAAAACAAGACAAUUUGCUAGAAGUGCUAAGAACAAAAUUGAAAUGUCUGAAGUAUGUAUCUUAGGUGCACCUUUGUAGCAUGAGUUUCAUGUUCAAAGAUUCACCAGUUAUGAUAUCAGAGAGCUUAACAAACCUCUCAUGGGUCAGUGGCGCGUAUUUUUUUCUCAGUUCAUUUUCUUCAAGUACUGAAUGAAUUGAGCUCCUAGUGAUUAUUUCGGAUUUUUCUUCUUUUUCCACUUGGAAUCACAGAGAAAAUUGAUUUUUUAGUCACCCAAAUCUGGAUCUAUUUUAAAAACAUUUUUGGCAGUCUGUUAUAACAUGAGGAGUCUGCAUUUGCUGAUGGGCUGUAGCUCAGCUAAAGACUUGUCCUAGUUAUGUCAUCGCGACUAUUAGCCCCUAGUUAAUCUCAUUUUCAUAUGCUUUUAGUCUCUCCUCAGAAGUGCUGUUUAAAAUUUUUUAGUAGACUUUUUGGUUUUUCAAGUAACUUUACAUGGGUAAUAUCUAUCAGCUUUUGUGCCGAAAUUUCAUGCCACUAACCCAUCCUACUUUAAUUUGUACCUCGGCACAUUUUACUCACAAUUUGCCUAAUUAUUUGGAAUCCAGCCUUUUAGCUUCGGGUGAGCCUUAAUUUUUUUCAUUUGCCUUACCAAACAAAAAGUCUGAGUAAUAUUUAAUUCAACCUCAAAUGAAUUUUUUGGAUACUUCAUUACAUCUUCUUGAACGCCCUCUCUCACAAAAUGGCAUUACUUUCAAGCAUUAUCAAUCAAUAUGUGCAGGAAAAUACUUUUUUCAAAACUUUGUACAUAGUGAGUGUCAUUUCCCCUUUAACUUCCUUGAACAAAUAUGUUAAAGCCCCUUGCAAACAAAGUAGAAAGAAAAUUAUAUACAAUCAAUAUCAGUACAAGUUCCAUAGUCGCAAUGCUCUUAGCUCUUAAGAUUCUAGGCCUCUAGAUAAUAUGUAAACCUUCAGUGCUGUUUUUGAAAAUUUACUUAAAAUUUACAUGUAUGUACUCUUUUUUUUCUCGUUAUUUCUAACAUUGCACAUUUUUUCCCCCGCAAGAUAAUUUAAAACUUGAUUUAUUGCUUUCUGCUCAAGUAUUAUUAAGAAGUUUGCCUUCAAAGUAAGAAGAUAGGAAGAAAUGAGAAGAUUUUUUAUUUUUAUGUCAUUUUAUUUUUUUUUUCUCUUGCACAGUUACCUUUUUUGUUUGUCUAUUCAUUUUUCCCCGAGUGUUUCUUCAUACGGCAAAUUCGUGUUUUUGAUAUGUAUUAUUGAUGGCGAAACUUGAAUAGAUUGCACUAUAGUUCAACCACCUCAAAGCGAUUCUCCUCAUUCUGUUUUUCUUAAGAGGAGUAUUAACAGUAAGCGUAAAAUUUUUCUGUUCUACAAUUUCAUAACCAUCUUUUAAACAUUUUGAGUCUCACUGUUGCUUAAUUGUUUCUCUGAAAAUGAAGUAGGUAAAAAUUUUGAAACGUUAGAAUAAUUGAGGUGUGUGAUCUGGGAAGUUAGUUAUCAAGUGUGAACAAGUAGAACCGGAACAUUAUGCCUCAAAGACAUAUCAACUGGGGAAUUACCAGACCAUGUAUCUCAGUUUGCGAAGUUGCAGACUUCCUGUCAUACUUUAUUUUUUAAAUGAGAAACUAUUCAACAUUGUCUCUUGAAAAUCACUGUGAUUUUUCUUCCCUGUGCGAAGAAAACUCUGUGAAUACUUCAAGAAAUGAUAUUGAUUUGUUCUUCCUCAAAAGGAUAAAGUGGGAAUGGAGAUUUUGAACAUCAAGAAUGAGAUACGUGGUCUACUAUAGUUUCAUCGUUGAUAUCUGAUUGUAAUAUCUAAUAUUCAUUAAAGAUCUUGGCACUUCCUUGAAUACCCAUUGUAAACAGUUCUGUUGUUUCUAUUGAUUAUUUUCCUAUCUCAUAUAUUGUUUUAUAGGUAUUUAAGUUUUUAGUCUCAAACUACUUUUGCUGUGAUACCUACUGUAAAUAAUUUUUGUUAAUGUAUAUACUUAUUUAUGUGUUAAAAUUGAACUCAUGUACAUAAUAGAAUUGAAAAUAAAUUUUAUUCUUUUUUUACAGUUUAA